AUGUCGGGAAAUUCUCAUUGGACGGAAUUUCGCAGAAGAAAAAUCUCGAAGACUAAAUUGUCUGAGGACAAAGAAAACGAAUUUUCGAGUCAAAAAGCAUUUGUCGGAAAUAAAGACGAUGCGGAAAAAAAGAAAAGAUUUUCAGCAGGCGUGGAAAAUCAGAAAAAAGAUAUUGCUCUUACGAUGUCGGUACAAAAGUUGUCCAUCGCGAACAAUACACAAUUUCAAAUUUAUCGCGAUGAUAACGAUAAGAAGGAGAGAUCACGUUCGCUCGUACGAAAAAGCGCGUAUAGAAACGAAAGAAGGAAGACGAAAGAAAAAGUCCGGAAAUCACCAGAUUGCAUGAAAACGCUUGAAAGAGAAGCACUCAAUCAUUCCACAACACCUGCUGGUUUGCAAAGAGCACAUUCUUUGAACUGCAACGAAAACAGAGUUUCUUUAAUUGGAGAAAAUAAAUCGACUGUCAUGUUUUCACGAAGGUAA